AUGCAAGCCCCGAUUCCCGCCACUGAGGAGUCCGUUGUAUCGACGGACAUGGAUAUUGAAAUUGUGAGAGAAAAACGGCACCUAGACGUCACCCACUCGUAUGCCUGUAACUCCAAAAACAACGGUGAAUGUGACUCUGGUCCAGAAACACCGACUAAAACCGGCACCUCGAAGAAGAAAGCAAAGGUGAACAUGGAAAACGAGCCGCAGUUGUCACUACUUGAAGUGCAAGAGAACAUAAUUCGUGUUCUUACUUCGAAGACAGACGAAAUCAACAACCACAUGAACGACAUCAAGAAACUUGUGAACAAAAACACUAUGGAGAUUGAAGGCUUAAAAAAGUCUGCUGACUACUGCUUUCUGGAAGUUGCUGACCUGAUAACAGAAAAUACCGCUCUCAAGAGUAGAUGCGAAGCUCUGGAGGGUAAAAUGCAAGAAAUGGAGAAGAAAGUCAACGAGAUGGAUGCUUACAGCAGAAGGAUGAAUUUGAAAAUGUAUGGCAUUUCUGAAAGUCAUGGGGAAGAUAUUCGCUCUAAAGUCGUGAACAUUUUAUCUGCUGUCCUGCCAGACAAAAGCAAAGUGGAGGCUGCAGUGGAUGUUGUUCACCGUCUUGGGCGACACAGUGACGUGAAUGGCGGGAACACUACAAAACCAAGGCCAGUCAUAAUCAGAUUCUCCAAACGGGAUACAAGGGAUGCAAUCUGGAGUGCAUCAAGGAAUCACGGCUACCUCAAAGCACACCGCCUGUGGUUCAAGCAGGAUUUGACAACAGUUGACAAGGAGAAGCGAAAGCAGCUAUGGCCAAUUGUGGAUAAGGCAAGGAAGGAGGGCAAGGUUGCUUACUUCGUGGGAUCUCGUGUUUUCGUGGACAAGAAUGAAGUUUUUGCUGACUGA